AUGAGUUCGGGAAGCGCAACGGUAAGAGCAAAAAGUGUGCCUCCCAGGCAACCUAUCACCAAGGCAUAUCCAUUCUGGUUUGGUGGUGCUGCAGCAGGAGUAGCAGCGACUGUAAGCCAUCCAUUUGAUUUGAUAAAAGUACGUCUCCAAACUACUAAUGCUCAGAGAGACAGUGCGAUUAAGACAUUCAAGAAUAUUAUACGGUUAGAAGGUCCAAGAGGAUUAUAUAAGGGAUUGUCCGCUAGUUUAUUGCGGCAAGGGACGUAUUCGACUACGCGUUUUGGUGUUUACGACAAGUUUAAAUAUGCACUCUCGAAGGAUAGAGAAAAACUUUCAUUCUUCGAGUCGCUUCUCUGUGCUGCAGUAGCAGGUAGCUUUGGCGGGGCGUGUGGUAAUCCUGCGGAUGUCGUAAUGGUACGCAUGCAGAAUGACGCUAAGCGUCCUCCGAACGAGCGAUAUAAUUAUAAGCAUGCCAUUGAUGGCCUUAUUAGAAUUCAACGAGAAGAAACAUUCCGCGGACUUUUCCGGGGUAUAGGGCCUAAUAUAAAUCGUGCCAUUCUGAUGAGUGCCUCACAGUUGGCAACAUAUGAUAAGUUUAAGGAACUGCUAUUGGGAACGGGUUUAUUCAAAGAUAACUACAUAACGCAUUUUGGUGCCAGUUUACUAGCGGGUUUAGUCGCGACGACGGUCUGUUCGCCACUUGACGUCGUUAAGACCCGCGUUAUGAGUGAUGCUGGAUCAACGAAGGGGGUCGCUGCCAGUCUUGUUCUGAUUAUCCAAAAAGAAGGCCCAGCAGCGCUUUUCAAAGGUUGGCUGCCAGCAUUCACUCGUCUUACCCCACACACAAUAGUCACCUUCAUGGUCCUCGAACAAUUUAGAAAUGUUUAUGACCAUAUAAUACUUGGUGUUAAGACCAUACACUAA